AUUCAGUAUUGACGAAUAAUACAAUCCUUCUAGCACAAGUUGUUAGAAGGAGAAAAGCUUAAGCACUGCCACUUGGAAACUCUGUCUUGUCAGAAAACCACCAUUUUUGUAAAAAAAAAUUCUUUUCUGCUUUGCCUUAUUCCCAACCAAUAAAUGAAAUCACCAUCAAAAGCAUGGAUUUUUCUUCAAUAGUGCAAACAAACACAUCAAUAAAAAUAACAAAGUUUGUACCUUUUUUCCCAUUUCCUCUAGAUUCCACCAUUAAUUCUUAUCAACAUUUAUCUUUUACUACAAUUGGAACAAAACCCAUCAAGGAAAUGCAUUGUUAUGAACAACUGCAAUCAUAAUCUUCACUAAAAAUGAAGAAUUUUUCUGGGUUUUUCAGUAUAGAUUGAAUCAAGAACUGGAUAGGUUUUGAAUUAUGGGGAGUAAUGGAAGAGAGAUUGAGAAGGAGCAAUUGGAUAAUUAUUAUGCAGAAAGUACAGUCUUUGUUGCAGUAGGAAAAAAUCUUAAAGAGAGUGAAUCUGUUUUAUCAUGGGCAAUUGGGAAAUUUGCAGGAAAGAAGAGAAUUUGCAUCCUUCAUAUUCAUCAACCAGGUCAAUUAGUGACAUUUUUUGAUGGGAAAUUUACAACCAGCAAAUUCAAACAAAGAGCAAUCAAGGUAUUCCAUAAUUCAGAUAUGCAGAAACUUCAAAAGCUCCUCAGUGAGUAUGUUCACUACGUUACGCAAAUGGGGUUCCGUGCGGAUAGGAUGUGGAUAGAAAUGGAGAAUAUUGAGAACGGAAUAGUCAAUUUGAUUGCUCAACAUGGUAUCAAAUGGCUGGUCAUGGGAGCCGCGGCUGACAAACAUUACAUAAAGGAAAUGGCCGAGCUGAAGUCCAAAAAGGCGAAAUUCGUCUAUGAACAAGCACCCGCUUCCUGUUGCAUUUGGUUUACUUGUACAGGAGAACUUAUAUUAACGAGGAAAGGUACGAAAGAUCAUUCUGGCGUAGAUGUUUUCCCUGCAACUGACACAAAUUCAAUAACCGAAGGAAUGGAUGAUAUAAGAUUAGGUGGUGCUGGUGCAGAAGAUUCUUCAGGACCACUGGGGAUAAAUGUGGCAACUGAAGAAGCGGAAUAUUCGGAAGUAGAAGCUCUUGCCCAAGAUGCACUCUCCUCGAAUCCAGACGUUUCAAUAGAAGAAGAGGAAAGUCUGAUUGUAGAAACUCCUGCAGAAGAUGUACUCUCCUCGACUUCAAGUGUUUCAACCAAAGAAUCAGAGUCUGAAUCAUUUGAAUCAGAAUCAGAAUCUGAAUCGGAGUUAGAUUCCAUGACCGAAGAAGCGGAAUUUGACAAUUUGAACAAUACCCAUGUAGACACACCAUUAUUAGAGUCAAAUACGGUCCCUGAAGAAUCAAGGCUUGUAAGAACAGACCGAAAGGAUGAUGAGAAAGGGUCACCUCACCGGCUAACAUUUCGAGAACGUGGUUCCAUUCUUCGUGCCUAUUCUGUUGACCUUAGUUCGGUUGAGGAAAAGAGUUUGGUUUUGUCGAGUUCACUUGAUUGUUCAGACAGAGCAAAAGAAGAUCAUGGAUUUGAGGAAAACUCGCAGAUGACCGAAUAUCGUUCUUCAUUCAGUUCAGUGAUGUCCAAAGACAUAAUGACAGGAAAAGCCAAACUUGAAGCACCAAGAGAAGUUUAUAAGAAACUGAAUCAAGCCACAUUGGAUGCCGAAAACAUAAAACAUGAAGCAUUUCGAGAGUCGGUUGAUAGGUGUAAGGCUGAGGGGAAUGCCAUGGAUGCUACUAGAAAGGCUGAUGCUACAGGAAGUAAAUAUAUCGAGGAGAUGAAGCACCGAGAAGCAGUGGAAGAAGCUUUGGCAGAACACAAGCUAGAAUGUGAAAGAAUGAAAGAAGAGAAUGAGAAAAUUAUGGAAGAACUUCCAAUGGUCCAAGAUCAAUGUUUGGGCUUAGCAAACCAGAUCAGAGAAUCUGAAGCUGCGGCUAAAGAGCUCGAGGAGAAGAUUUUUUCAGCUGUUGAUCUAUUAAUAUCUUUCCGGGCUAAAAGGGAUCAGCUGGAGAAAGAGCGUGAUGAUGCUAUCCAAGAACUGGGAAAGCUGAAAAGAUUGAAGCAACGACGAAGUGUGGCAUUGUCUGGCCUACAAUUUUCAACAUUUUCAUUGUGGGAAAUCGAUGAGGCAACUUGCAGUUUUGACCCUUCUAGAAGAAUCGGAGAUGGAAGAUAUGGAGGCGUUUAUAGAGGAAACCUUCGACACGUAGAUGUUUCUAUAAGGAUGCUGCCAAAUGAUGGCUUCUUGAGCCAAAAAAUGUUCGAACGCGGGGUUGAAAUUUUGAGCAGAAUAAGGCAUCCAAAUAUAGUGAAACUUAUUGGGUUUUGUCCGGAAGUUCGAUCUAUUGCUUAUGAGUACCUCGAAAGAGGUAGUUUGGAAGACCAUCUAGCAGGCACGGGGAACCCUCUACCAUGGCAAACUCGAGUUCGCAUUGCAGCAGAACUGUGCUCCGCCUUGAUCUUCCUUCAUUCGAACAAUCCUCAAAUUUUGCACGGGAAUUUAAGACCCACCAAAGUUCUUCUUGAUGCCAAUUUUGUCAGCAAAAUUGGUGACUUGGGAAUCUUCUUUCUGAUCUCGCAAAAUCAGCUGCCUAACAGCCAACAUGCUUCCUCCGAGUAUAUAGACCCAGAAUUUCUCGAGACUGGAGUGCUUACUCAGUAUACUGAUAUAUAUUCAUUCGGGAUGAUACUGUUGCGAAUUUUAACCGGUAGGCCUGCUUCAAGAAUUUUGAGGGAUGUCAAACUUGCGCUGAAGAACGAUAAACUUGGGUCGAUAUUGGAUGUUUCAGCUGGAGAGUGGCCGAUUAGUCAAGCAAAAGCACUGGCUCGAAUGGCAUUACAAUGCUGUGUGAGAGGCCCGUCUAAACGACCGGACCUUGUUUCAGAUAUGUGGAGUGUUCUUGAACCAUUCAGAAAAUUAAGUAUUGCUCAACCAUCAUGCCUGCAGAAGAAAGAAAACAAACGGCCUCCCUCUCAUUUCCUAUGUCCAAUUUUUAAGGAUAUUAUGGAGGAUCCUUGUACAGCUGCAGAUGGAUACACAUACGAAGGAGAUGCAAUCCGAGGAUGGAUCGACAGCGGUCAUGUGACUUCACCCAUGACAAACCUUAAGCUUUCGAACUGUGAUCUAAUCCCGAAUCAUGCUCUUCAGUAUGCAAUCCAAGAAUGGUUGCAACGCCCUUAAGUACACACUACACUUAUAAUAGCUAUAGGGACAUAGUCACAUAGGGUAUUCUUAAAUAGUUCUAUUAUCGGUUAUAGUUGAAGAAGAUCAUAACAAAAUACUCUAUGUAUUUGAAAUAUACUAGUCGAAUAGCGUAUGUUACUCGUGAAAUUCGACUUUGCAUAUAUGUAAUACGUAUUCAAAAUGUAUUCAUUAAGUUGUGAUGAAAAUGGAACGAAUACAACAUCAAUCAUUGUUGAAAAUGGAGAAAAGAAAACCAACAGAAAGUCUAUGGAAAUAUGAACGGAUAAUAAUGAUGUAUGAGUGUUAUUGUUCAAGCAAAUAUAGUUGAAUUUGUUCUAA